AUGGGAAUGUGUGAAGGAGAGGAGCGUAUGGGUUUGGGUUUGGGUUCUUCUUCUUCUUCUUGUUCUUCGAAUACUAGUGCGUAUCAUUCUUCAGUUUCAUCAUCAGCUGCUACACCCAUCGGCUCCUCUAAUAUUGGUUUUCAGUUGUUGAAGAAGCACGGAUGGAAAGAAGGAACCGGCCUUGGUGUUUGUGAACAGUUGCUAGUACUCUUUCCCAGCGUGCCUCCUCCUGCCCAGCAUCGCUACUUCUUGUUGAAGCUUCGCCAGAGUUGGGGCAGGUUGGAACCUAUACAGGCUUAUUUGAAGAAGAAUAAGCGAGGGUUGGGAGCAGAUGAGAUAAAGCUGAAAUCAGAGGACUCCAAAAAGAAGGAAAAUCAUGCUUCUGAUGGUACUUCUUACUGA